AUGCAACCGCUUCUUGCGAUGGAGCUCAUUGGGGAUCUGGCCUCACAUCUUUGCAAAGCCUCAGCGAGAUCGAGAGGGAGUGCCGUGUCAGAGCAGCCGCAGGUCGCAGAACGGAACCGGGAAAACCCGAGAACUUCUGACAAUGCCUCAGGGGGAAAGGAACAAGAGAGGGAACAGAAUGGUGGUGCAAACUCAAUCUCCAUAGGUAAUGGUGAAGGAGACACACUUCGGGAUGCAGUUUUCGGCAAGUCUUCCGAUGGGGCUGAUGGUCAAAGGGUGCCAACUGGAGGAAACCCUAAAACUGACAGUUCAGUUGACGCUGCAGCGGUGCCCCUAUCUUUUACUACUCCCCAACACUUUGACAGUCAAGAUACUACCUUGCCUGCUUCUUCGUCCGAGCCUUCGGCGGCAGCGGAAACUCCACCAGGUCCGGGGACCCCUUAUGCAGAUGAGGGGACGCCUUAUGCAUACGAGGGGAGGUCUUAUGAGUGGAGGCUGCAGCAGGCGGCGCAGGUCGUCGCCGUACAGCUACAGAGCGAAGGGGUGGAGGCGUCCGAAGCGAUCCAUAUCGCCGCAGCUGCCCCGCAGUACUGCCGAAGUUUAGUAGAGAAGGUGUCCGAAAUGGAUGGGCCCCCCGACAUCUGGGCGGACUUGGGGCUUCUCGAUGGGGGGGUAGAAAGCGCGGGUCGAAACAUGCCGCUCGAAGAGGCGGGGAAGAGUGUAGAGAACGAGGAGGAGGCUAGCGUUUCUGGACGGGGGGGAUCGAAGCUGACAUCCGCUUUUGCAAGCGCGUAUCAGUUGUCUGGGGUGCCAGAGCCUUCCCCCCAAGAGAAGCGGGAGAAGGUAAGCAAAGGGAAGAAGGCCGCCGGGGGGGGCCCCGGGGGGGUAGAGGCAUCCCCCCGAUCUAGGAGAAAGCGGGAGUGGAAGCUGCGGGGGGUGAGGAGACGAGCGGAGGAGCAGAGCGAAUUGGAGGAGCUUUUGGGGAUCGGGCCGACCCGGGGAGAGCCGUAUCGGCUGGCAGAGUGGGAGAAAGAACAAGCGGCUGUGGAGAACGGGGGUGAGGGGGAGCUGGAAAUUGAUGGGGGAAAAGAGGGGGGCGAAUCCACAGCUGGGGGAGAGGGGCUACAGAAAGACAGAAGUGUCAGCGGGGGAACGAACCAGACGGAGUCUCGGAUUGGGUUUGAGAAUGAGGACGGUUUGACGACGGGCGCUGUCGAUGGGACCAAUGCGGGAGGUGUGAACGGGGACGAGGCUGGGGGUGUGAAUGGGACCGAAGGGGCUGGCGCGGACGAGGAGAGACAGAGCUUUGAAAGCGCUUUGGACCAAUUGGGAGAGGGGCCUCAUGGGAAUCUGGCAAAGGGGCGCGGUUCGGAAGGAGCGGAAAGUAGUGAGUCUAUGGGAGAAUCAAGUUAUAGAGGUGCAAGCGCGGACAUUGGCUUUGGUAACAUUUCUGAUGUGAGCGGAUCGGAGGCAUCUGGUUCAUUUGCAUCUGAUUCAUCUCCUCAGAUCGGAGAGGAGAACGGGAUGGCCGUAGAAGGAUCGGAAGCAGAGUCGACGACAGAGAGUAGUGACCAAGACACAGCCGCCUAUUGCUGGAAGCUUCGGUGGUGUGCUGACGAGAGCCGCGGGGGGGGCUCGCUACCCCCCUUCUUUGAGAGCCUCGGCAUUCCCCCCCACGAGAUCAAACGGAUCUUGCGCGUGUUGAAGCGCUCACGGGGCCCGAAGGGGCGGGCCGUUCUGCCAAUAACGGAGAUCAUAACCAGGGUGCGAGUUUUCGAGCGGUUGUUCGGGUGCGCGGACGGGCUCGGGGCUGCGGAGCGGAUUCUCGUCAGGGGGCGCGACGAGACGCUGAGCAGGAUGCGGGAGGAUGACGACAUCGAGCGCAACGUGCGGUAUCUAGAGGCGGCGGUCGCGGCGGUGCGGGAAUGGGAGAUCAGGGCGGCGAAGUCCAGCCCCGUUUCUAAUCCUAGCUCCAGUCUCGACGGUGGUUUUAGAAGAGGGUCCGACGAAGUGGAGAGUCAGCGAGUUGAUUACCCAUCGGCCCAAGCAUCACACGGGGGUGUUGAUUCAGAGGUUGACGGUUUGUCAGAAGCAGGGGAGAUUGACAGCCUUAGCGAUCUUAGCCAAGCACAGUCGGCCAGCGCGCAUGUAGGACUAGGGUCUAGUGCCAGCAGCGCUGCUAUUGAGGCGUUGAAAGGAAGCCCCUCCAAAGUUCAACAAAACUCCCCUCCUAGUCCCAGCCAAUUGGCCGAUUUAAGUAGUGGUACAGACGACGGGGUUAGCUCCGCUAACCCAGCACGAUAUGACGGUAACCCUGUCGCAAACCCCUCCACGAACCUAGUUACGGAGUCGGAAUCAGCCGCCUCCAACCCCUCCAGUUGUUUGUCAACCACAGCUGAACCGCCUUCUGACCAACCGCUAACCUCCGCUAACCCAUCUUCGAGGGGCCUCGGUCAAUCCGCCAACACCCCCGUUAACCCAGACCCAAAUUCCGUGACCCGAGAAGCAACCCUCGUUACCCCAAACCCGAACCCUGGAGCUCGGGGAUCCCCCUGGGGCGCUAGCCUGGUCGUCUCCUCUUUCCCGGAGCUGCUCUUUCCCAGCCUGGAAACGAAGAACUUCGAGAGGGUGGCGGAGUAUAUGGAACGGGAGGUCGGGAUGACGUCAGCAGAGGCCGCAAACGCGCUGCUGCUGUUCCCGCCGGCAUUUGCGCUCGACGUGGAAACGGAGUUGAAGCCGCGCAUGCGGGAUCUCAAGUCGAUCCUGCGCAUUAGCUGGUCUGACCUGGCGCGCAUGAUCGGACGGUGGCCGUACGUGCUCAGCGAGACGGCGUACGUUGCUGCCAUCCCGACCGUCGAUUUCCUCUAUCGCGAGGCGCUUGUGGCCAUAGAUACGGUUGGGAAGGUCGUCGCGGGGUUGCCGCAUAUCCUCUUCUGCGACAUCAAUGGGCUCCUACGACCGUCCCUCCAGUUGCUUCUGAACGUCGGCGUUCAGCACAAGCGAGCCCACAUCGGUCUAGUUGUCACAAAGUGCCCACAGGCCCUUCUUAAAGGCCCGGCGCGCCUCGCCGCGGUGAUCGACUUUCUCGAAACGGAGGCCGAUAUUCCGCCCACUCGAACCGAGAAGCUGCUGCUGACCGUCCCCGAGCUGCUGGGCACCCGGUUGGAAGUGCCCCGGGAGAAGCUAGACUUUCUGUACGACUUGGGCCUGACGGAAGGCCAGGUCGGGAAAGUGGUCGGGUGGAAGCCCCGGGUGCUGCUGACCAGCGUGCAGGGUCUCGAGGAGCGGGUCUCCUUCUUCGAGCGUCUCGGCCUGAGCCGACACGAACUCGCCUACAUGGUUGAACAGUUUCCGGACCUUUUGACCUACAGCGUCCGCGGCAACUUUCAGCCCAAAGUCGACUACCUGGUGAAUGAGAUGGGGCGCCCGGUUGACGAGCUCGUACGCUUCCCGCGCUUCUUCAGCUUCAGCCUUGACACCAGAAUAAAGCCCCGGCACGAGGGCGCCCGAGCCGCGGGCUCCUUCGACCGGCUGGUGUCAAUCAGCGCGCUUUUGACGCCAAAUGACGUGCGCUUCCGGGAAGCGUUCCUAGGAGCGCGCGAGCAACGAAGCGCAAUUGGAAGAGAUCAGUCGGAGAUCCGACCUGGAGACGUUAGGCGAGUCUGGAGAUCAGGUAGAGAGUCGCGAGAAGGACGUAGUGAUUUGUCGGAUUCUACAGAGCGGUAAGAACGUAUUCUAGUGCGUCAAAGAUCCCAUGCCCAUUUAAGCUGUACCUGCCCGCGACCUGCCAAUGCGGUUGGACCUACUUUUCAAAUGUUUCAGCGCACGCGCGACGGAC